AUGAAACUCUUGGCUGCGACUCUAUUGGCUUUCGCAGCGGUCGUCUCUGCGAGGAACAUCGACCUCGAGGAUGUGAUAGACCUCGAAGACAUUACCGCCUACGAUUAUCACAGAAAAAUUGGUACUCCUCUAGCUGAAAAGAUCCGUUUAGCUGAAGAAGAGGCUGAACGAAACGCAUCGAGAAUCGUCGGUGGUUCUGCGUCUAGUCUCGGCCAAUUCCCUUAUCAGGCCGGUCUUGUCAUUCAAUAUGCAAGCCACCAAAGUGCUUGUGGUGGUUCGUUGUUAAAUCAAAGGAGGGUGCUUACUGCCGCCCACUGCUGGUUUGACGGUUGGAACCAAGCCAGGAGUUUCACAGUCGUCCUGGGCUCAAUCCGCCUGUUCAGUGGUGGUACCAGAUUGGUUACAAGCAGCGUUGUCAUGCAUGGCAGCUGGAAUCCUAGCAAUGUCCGUAAUGACAUUGCCAUGAUCAACUUACCUUCUAAUGUUGGUACUACAAACACAAUUCGUCCAAUUGCUCUUCCAUCUGGUAAUGAACUCAACAAUCAGUUCGCCGGCUUUACCGCGGUUGCAUCAGGAUUCGGUCUCACCAGGGACGGUGGUCAAAUCAGUAAUGAGUUGAGACACGUGAGUUUGCCUGUGAUCACGAACAGUGUUUGUCGUCAGUCUUUCAAUAUCAUCCAGGAUUCAAACGUUUGCACCAGUGGAGCUAACGGCAGAGGCACAUGUACAGGAGAUUCAGGUGGUCCCCUCGUAGUUACCAACAACGGCAGACAGAUCCUGAUCGGUGUGACUUCUUUUGGAUCCGGUCAUGGUUGCCAGUCUGGUGCGCCUGCUGCCUACGCCAGAGUUACUUCUUUCAUCAGCUGGAUCAACUCCCGUCUAUAACAACAUUAGUCUUCAAUUGAUGUAAUGAUAUUUUGAUAUGACGGAAAUAAACAAUUGAUAAGAAA